CGGUCUGAUGGCAGGGGACGAGGGCGAUCCACCCCCUUCCUCCCCGCCUGCUCUCAGCCCUCGGGGACCUCUGGUCUCUUCCAGAGCUGGAGAAAAUGCAGUCGGCGCCUGAGACUGCGCUUCCUUUGCAGCCCGCUGCUUUGAAGAACACGGGGAAGAGGUGGACAGGAGCGUGCGGGGGGCAUCUCCUGCCUUGCUCCCCGCCCCGCUGCAGGUGACUGCCUGGAGAAGGAGGGAGCGAGGUAUAUUAUUCUUGUGGUGCAGUGUUGGAAUCCAUGGAAAGAGGUCUGAUUUUAUCCCCCGGUUUUCCAAACAACUACUACCCAGGGACGCACUGCGUAUGGCAGUUUUUCAUUCCUGUGCAAACUCAUCUUAUCCUGGAAAUUUUUGAUUUUGAUAUAUUUGCGAGCUCAAGUGAAACUCCUGAGCCCUGGGAUGGCUUUACAUCUCCUCCUACAAGAAGAAAUAAGGAAAUGCCUUCCAGUGAAGAAAGCUUGGAUUUUCCCACCUCUCUUCCUACCACAAAAUCCUUUCUUCAGACCUGGAUGGCAAGGGUGACUCACAAUCUCAACAGCCCAGGACCUCAGUCAAAAUUCCUUGAUGGCCUCCAUGAUGAAUUCCCAGGAACCACCUUAAAAAAAGAUGAAGCCAAACAAGCAUCUGAAGAAAAACAGUUGAAACAGAUGGAAGAACCCAAAGAAAUAGCCAGGACUCAGCCAGGUGGACUGUCAUUCACUGUGGCUGGCAAUGCUGCAGUGCCAAGGCAAAAUAUCAGUGGCUUGGAAAUGAACAAAGAUUUGAAAGGGAAAAUACUGCUUGCUCACCUCACUGCAAGAGAGGGAGACCAGGUCAUUGGAGAAAGCCAGACUCUUUCCACAACAGCUCUGCCAACAGAAAGCUCUUCCUCACAGCAGCCUUCAAUAGAUGUAUGUCCCCAUGAUGUCUUGUAUGUUUCUGACCUCAUCACAUUUUCCUCUCGCUUUUGUGGGACAAAUUCACCUUUAAACAAGACCAUGGUCUUUGGUUCUUCUCUGGAGAUGGUGGAGGUUAUUAUGGAGCUGAUCACCACCACAGACCGUGGACGGGGUUUUGCAAUGCUCUUUGAAUACAAGAACAUCACUAAACCUAGCAGUGUAGAUGCUGGGAGGCAAGCAGGAAAGGAAAACAUGAUGAUGCUUACAGUAGUAAUGGGAAUUAUCAUUUUUGCACUCAUUCUUUUGUCCACCCUCUGCAUAACUUGCAGGCAGAAAAUGUGUCCCAAAAGGAGCCCUGCCAAUGUGCACAGUGACCAGGAGAAUGGGAUCCAGAACUCUGCUGUUGAUAUCAAUGAGCUCCAGCUUGUGGUGCCAAGUCGAGAGAAUGAAAACAACAACCACUCUGUCAGCUGGGAGCAAGUGGUCACUUCAUCUGGUGGCAGCACAGACCUCUCUCCUCAGCUGACUGACCCAGAUGUGCCUUCUUCCACAUCAGCAGUGACCACUGAAACUGGGAGUGAUGAAGUAUUUAUUAUUUCAGCUGGCCCUGGUCCCAGUGGGUUGAGUUUUACCACAUACAGAAUACAGGACAAAAAACUAAAGAGAAGUAUCACGAGUCCAGCCUCUGUGUCCAGUUGGCUGACUUCUGAUCACUUGGCCCCAGGAGCAGGCACCAUCGACAAAGGGAAUGUAGCAGCAGAAAACCAUUAUUCAAGACAACGAACUUGGAGUGCCCGAACUUUUCAAGAUUUAUUGGCUCCAAUACCUCAGUUACAGAAAAAAUGGCGCAGUUGGAGCACUACCAGCCCCUUCAGCAAGCUGGUGGACAGCGGUCAUUUUUCUACAUCUUCAAGAAACCAGGGUGCAGCAACUAGAAAAGUAAUUUCUGACACUGAGGUAGAGGGCACCUCUGAGCCUGUUUACUCUGAUUCAUCCACCAGUAAUGCAUCAUACCCACUAACCCAGUCUGCACAGAGGCAGCGGAAGCUGAGCUCCUGUAACUUGAAGAAAUCCAGGUUUGGGAACCCCUACUUUGGGUUUUUAACCAGCUCCCCUGAUUGCAAACAUGCGAGGUCUUUGGAUUCUUCAAGACACUUGGGGGCCAUAUCUUCAAUUGACAGCCAAAGCCAGAGCCCAAAAAACUGUCUUGAAGGCUCCUUCCCUUUGAAAAGCAGUUUGGUCAGUGGCUCAAAGACCAAGGAGUUCUCAUUAGAAACAGACAAAGCCAGUCACACCUUUGUUAUUUCUGAAGAAGGGGAUGAUCAGCAACCUUUGGUCCUAGCAGAGCAUCUGAGUCAAUGUGGAGAGGCUCUGCCUGAGCAAACUUUCACAUGUGUUCCAGUGAAGGCUAGGCUGGAUAAAUCACCUGUGGCUCUGACUGGAAAGGGAGAUGGGCCUGUUAGGCACCCCAACUUCAUACCUGAUGUCCCUCUUUGGGGAAAGUCUCCUGGCUUAGGCAAGGAACAUCUGAGGACCUGUAGCUCUUCCAGAGACCAGCAUAGAUCACCUAUUGCAGGCACCAGUACCACUAAAUCAUCACAGAAGAGUGAUGCCAUGGAUGCUUGUACAUCAAGUCAAACGUCAGUUCAGUGAUGCUUUCAGACUUAACCUGAGCGACUAAAAGCAUCAGGGUGCAAGAACAGAUGCACUAAGCUGCUGUUAUCUUCUGUGGUGGAACAGUCAGGCCUGUGGGGAGUGGCAACUUUGCUUAAUUUGUUUCUCCUCCCUAUCAGCAGAGUAGAGUUAUGGGUAUAAACUGACAGCAGUGUGUAAAAGUCAUAUUCAUCAUGUUCACCUGGGCUUAAUGAAUGUAACGAAGUCCUAGCCCUAGUUCCAUUCUUCUGGCAUGGAAUUUUGAUUGCAAAGUAUGGAAGAGUGAUGAAAUGACUCCAUAAACAGGUUUUAAUACUGAAUAACCAUGAUCUUGCAGUAGGGUAAAGGAAAAAUUUGAUUUACAACUUUGGCUUGUGGUGUGAAAUGGAAACCAGUCCUCAGGGUCUUUGUGAUAUUUCUUUUUGUAUUUUUUUGUCUACAGUAUAUGAACCAAAUUCGGCUCUCGGGCACAUCUGCACAAUUCAAGUUACACCUGGCUAGCUAGCCAAGGGUAGAAUUUGAACUUGCAUGUUUAUGGAUUUAAAAAAAACAAACAAACACAUUAAUUUCUUUUAAACCAUGUUUCUAUAGCUGGUGACUUUCACUUGGGCACAAAGCCUAAUUAUCAACUGUUUUCUGGUUAUUAAAAGACAUCUAGGCCUUCAGACACCAUAGUAGUGAAAGUAAAGUGUUAGCAUUCUGUCUGAUGUCAUCCAAAUUAACAUAAGCUCCAACAUUUCAGUAGCAUGUCACGCUUUCUACCUUCUUUGUUUUGUUAUUUUUAGCAGACACACAUUAAGGGAGCACUACAUUCUUUUUAAGCAAUUCUUCAUGGCAACAGGAAUAUGUAUACAAGGUAACAAAAUAGUUAGUAGGAAUAAAGUUAUCAGUGUCCGUUUCUUGAUAGUUUAUAAUACUGCUCUUUAUAAUACUGUAUUAACCAACUAUUUAUUGCUGGUAACGCACAUUGACUGGAGAACUAUUUUCCCUUCCUUCAGCAGGCAAGACUUAAAGACUAAGUGGGGCAGACUUCAGAAUGCUCUCUGUAGAAAUGAACUCCUAAGUCGCUGUGCCACCCUGAUUUAAAGCCAAGGUUUGCAACAUAAGACUGAACCAAAGGGAAUUCUGCUAAUCCGAUUGCCUUUAAGAACUGUAUCAGUAUUUUAAUCGCCUCCCAAUGAUAUUUUACUGUUUCAGCAAGAAGUACAUGUGUACGCAAGCUACAACAAGCAUGAUCUGGCUUUCCUAAAGUUAAGGAAUUUUUUUGUGGACUGCUUUAAACUGAUAAAAGGCUCCAAAUACACCAUAAGACAGGUGCGAGAAGGGGGGGGGGGAAUCAACAAGUCAAAUCUGCCUCAUGUCCACUAUACCAUGAAUCAAAUGAGGGAUCUUAAUCCUUCCAGACAAAGGCAUCCAAGUCUGGCUUCUAAAAAACUUAACCCCAGUUUGGUCCUGACUUAUUUAUGAUUUCAUCUGCUAUUCUAGCUUUCCUCUGCCAUCUCUUAGUGUCUGAAAUGCAUAACACAUGGUCAUAAUUUUGUUUAGCAUUUGUUUAUGCACACAGAAUUAGAACUAUUGUGUGGUAAUGACAGUGGUCACAUUGAAGAAGAAUAUGCCUUUUGGUAGCUUGUUCUCCAAAAAUGAACCACACAAAGAGGCCUCAGCUAACUUUAAUAUCUACCAGUCUGCCCUAAACAAAGAACACAGAACCCUAGCUCUAGGUUUUUUUUAAUAGUACAUGAAUUAAAGGGAAGAGUUAAUAUAUUUAUGACUUAAAACGUUUAGAUUUCUGCAAUACUCUGUAUUUUAAUAAAGAAUGUAAUUGUGUUGGCUUCCAUAUACAAUGCUACAUUGUAAUGCAAAAGCAUUACGCUAUGUUACUUAUGUUGUUAGAUUUCUAAUUAUCAAGAACUGAGGAAUCAUCUUCAAAAAUAUUACUUGGGUGACCAGUACCCAUCAGCAACUGCUGUUGGGGAUGGGUGGAGAGGGGAAAAGAACAAAAUACUUUACAAUAAAAGUAUCACAUGUUAA